AUUAGUGUUCCAACAUAAACGAGCCGCCGCUUAAACCCUUUCAAUACACCAAACCUUUAAACUCUUACUCUUUCACUCUUAAGAAGCCCUAACAAUCUCAAUGCGAUGACGCCUCGCGUCGACGAUUUCGAAAACGACCAUCUCUCCUCCACCGACGACGAUGAUGACGACGGCUUCGAGGAGGAUUUGUCCGCGCUCUCACGAGCCUGCAUGAUCGCCGUCCCUGGCGCCGAUGAUAAUUUCGCAGCUGAAGACGAUGUUCCAUCUUUGGACCCUCUCACUGACGCCGGCACUACCAUUGUUCCCGUCGCCACCGACUCGGACUCCGACGACCACGACGACCUUGAAUGUCUUAAGAGAGUGCAGAGUCUAUACCAGCCUCUGUCCGUUCUUCCGCCACUUGAGCCGGCGGUGGUCGUGUCUGACGACGACGAUGGCGUGGAUGACCUCGAGACCGUGCGCGCCAUUAUGAAAAGGUUUGGCGACUACAGCGAAGGUUUGCAUGAAGGUGGGAUAAAAAAGUUGGUUGCGGAGGAUCAAAUCUCCAGCUUGGGCUGUGAGAGUGACAUCGCUAAUGGCUCAACCCAUUACGAACCAGAUGGUGGUGAAUUAUGUCCUUUUUCUCAAAAUCCUAUGGAGGCUGCCACACAGGAGUUGAUUGAAAACAUUGAAAUGCUGCUUAGUGAUUUUGUUGAGAGUUCUGAACCUGAUGCCCUGGAGUCAUCUAGAUUACAACAGAUAAGAUUGAGCUUUCCUCCUGUUGUUCGGUGUUUGGUUGACGCCAUUAGGAAAAAUAGGGAUUUAAAGAGAUUUCUUGAACGUAAGAAGAUUGAGAUUGAGGCUAAAACUGAGGAAAACAAAAAGAUAAGGAAUAAUAUUAAACUUCUUAAGGGCCUCCAGGCUGCAUGCACUAGAAGUACAGGGAACGUGUUAUCACUGAAAAAAGAUCCACUUGUUCAAUUAAUAUCAGCAAAAAGGUCUCCAAAGAAGUCUAAGAAACGUAGAAAGGUAACUUCAAUAUGUUAUGGCCCAGAAGAAAAUUCUCGUGUUGCUAAUUAUAGGAUGGUAUUGGAAAGAUUUCCACUUUCAUUGGAAAGGAAAAAAUGGUCUAAGGCAGACAGUGGAAAUCUUUUUAAGGGAAUUAAGCAACAAUUCCAAGAAAUGGUGCUUCAACUCUCACUUUCACUUGAUGGAACAAGUUCAGAGGGCUUGCGUGGAAAUGCUGUUGACAUGGAUAAUAUAAUUGCAUCUAUUGAGGAUCUCGAAGUCACACCAGAGAUGAUUAGAAAUUUUUUGCCUAAAGUUAAUUGGGAUCUCAUAGCUUCUAUGUAUGUUGGUGGCCAUACUGGUUCUGAAUGUGAAUCAAGGUGGUUGAAUUAUGAAGAUCCUUUGGUCAACCAAGGUGCAUGGACUAAGGAAGAGGACAAGUCCCUUUUACUUAUUGUCCAAGAUAUGGGCAUCAGGAACUGGUUCAAUAUAGCUUCAUCAUUGGGCACAAGCAGGACUCCAUUUCAAUGCUUGUCACGAUUCCAAAGGAGCUUAAAUCCUUCCAUGCUAAAUAGUGAAUGGACUGAGGAAGAAGAUGCUCAACUAUGUUCUGCAGUGACAUAUUUUGGUGAUAGCAAUUGGCAGUGCGUGGCUUCUGUUCUAGAACGGCGGACAGGAACCCAGUGCUCAAAUAGAUGGAAAAAAUCUCUCUGUCCGGAGAAGAAAGGGAGCUUUACACAAGAGGAAGAUAUACGGUUAACAGUAGCAGUCAUGCUUUUUGGGCGGAAAUGGAAUCAAAUAGCUAAUUAUGUUCCUGGCCGAAUCCAAUCUCAGUGUAGGGACAGAUACCUCAAUAGUCUGGAUCCUUCUUUGAAAUGGGGUGGAUGGACUGAGGAAGAGGAUUUAAAAUUAAAAGAUGCAAUUGCCAAGCAUGGAUAUUGCUGGUCUAAGAUUGCUGAAGAACUGCCUCCCCGUACUGAUUCUCAAUGCCGAAAGAGAUGGAAGGUGUUAUGUCCUGAACAAGUUCCUUUGCUCCAAGAAGCAAAAAAGAAGCAAAGGUCUAUUAUUGGUAGUAACUUCGUUGAUCGAGAAUCUGAACGCCCAACCAUUACACUUACCGACUUUCUACCUUUACUUGCGUUAGCUCCAAAAUCUGAUGUUGGUUCUUCAAACAUCAGGAAGAAGCACAAGUCAAGUAAUGUUUCCAAGAAAAAGAGCUCUAAGAAAGGUGCAAAAAGAACUAAACGUACCAAAGAAGUAGUAGAUACAGAGGUAUAUCACGAUGAUGAGUUCUACUCUGUCUCUGCACACAGCGAUCUUCCCCAGAAGAAGAUGAGGUCCAAAAGACGCACAAAAAGUAGUCGAAACUCUCCCCAGGAAUUAGUGGAUAUCUCUUGUAGUGACAAGGUCCCUUGCAUUGAGGGUUCAGAAAACCAGUCUACCUGUGUUACCAAUUUUGAAAAUCAAGAUUCAGACAGCAUAACCCUUGCAUGUUUUUUACGCAACAAAUCAAAUGAGACAUUAUCUAGAUUUACCAAAAAUUUAAGUCAGACUUCCUUCGCUGGGAUUAUUACUGAUGUUCCUGAGCAGGUUGAAAGUCAAAACCCAUCUGAUGAUCAAGGCGGUUUGUCUCAUUCACGGGAGACUGUUGGAACUAAAAUUUUGUUCGUGCAGCCGAAUAUUGCUUCUGAUAGACGAGUGAGAAACCAGGAGGAUACAAAUACUUGGACAAGUGGUGAUGAUGAUGAUGACGACCAGAUGACCCUUGCAUGCAUUCUGAAAAAGGUCCCAAGAAAGGGUCACCCUGCCAAAUUAAAAACAGGAUCUGUAUUAUUAAAUGAAGAACAUAGUGCAAGCAAUCCAACCAUCAUAUCUGAUGACAGUGGACCGUCAAUGUCAAAGCAUGUUGGUUCUGUUGCUAAACCAACCCAUAUCAUUGUGGAAGAAAAGAAUGACGAGCUUUUUCCUCCCCUAACGCAAUGCAGGCCAAGGAGGGAGCGAAAACGUCCCUUUAGAUAUUUGUAGGCAGGUAAACUUUUUUGUUUCCCAUUGCUAGAUAUUAGAAGACAUUAGGCAGUGGCUAAUCUACAUACAAAAGUUUGAUUACUUGGAACCCAUUUUCAUAAUCACGAAUUUGGCCGUGUAUACAUAUUUUCGUCCUGGCGUAUUUUCUAAAUUGUCUGAAUGCCAGACUCUUUUUCCAUUUCA